GUUCUGCUGGGAGCGGGCGCGGGAACCGGCGGCGGGGGGCGGAGCUGUAGUCCCCGCGGCGGAAGGAGGAGAGGAAGAAAGGGGCGAGACCCGGUGCCGGGCAGAGGCGCGAGGCUCUCGCUUGGCGCGCGGGCGUCUCCAACUGGGCGCGCGGUGUUCAAGGGUCGGUGUCUACGCCGAGCCCUCUCCCGGGCAGCCGCUGCUGCUGCUGCUGCUGUUGCCGCCACCGCCGCCGCUGCCGUGGGGCUCGGGCGGCGACUGAGUGGGGCCGGCCCCGGGGCGGGCGGGGAGGGAGGAGGCGGUGAAGGCGGCGGGCCGGGGGGGAAGAUGCCGCUGGCGCAGCUGGCGGACCCGUGGCAGAAGAUGGCUGUGGAGAGCCCGUCGGACAGCGCAGAGAAUGGACAGCAAAUUAUGGAUGAACCUAUGGGAGAGGAGGAGAUUAAUCCACAAACUGAGGAAGGCAGUAUCAAAGAAAUUGCAAUCACACAUCAUGUAAAGGAAGGACAUGAAAAGGCAGAUCCUUCCCAAUUUGAACUUUUAAAAGUAUUAGGGCAGGGAUCAUUUGGAAAGGUUUUCUUAGUCAAAAAAAUCUCAGGCUCUGAUGCUAGACAGCUUUAUGCCAUGAAAGUACUGAAGAAGGCCACUUUGAAAGUUCGAGACCGUGUUCGGACAAAAAUGGAGCGUGAUAUCUUGGUAGAAGUUAAUCAUCCUUUUAUUGUUAAGUUGCAUUAUGCUUUUCAAACUGAAGGGAAGUUGUACCUUAUUUUGGAUUUUCUCAGGGGAGGAGAUUUGUUUACACGCUUAUCCAAAGAGGUGAUGUUCACAGAAGAAGAUGUCAAAUUCUACUUGGCUGAACUUGCACUUGCUUUAGACCAUCUACAUAGCCUAGGAAUAAUCUAUAGAGACUUAAAACCAGAAAACAUACUUCUUGAUGAAGAAGGUCACAUCAAAUUAACAGAUUUUGGCCUAAGUAAGGAGUCUAUUGACCAUGAGAAGAAGGCAUAUUCUUUUUGUGGAACAGUGGAGUAUAUGGCUCCAGAAGUAGUCAAUCGUCGAGGUCAUACUCAGAGUGCGGACUGGUGGUCUUUUGGUGUGUUAAUGUUUGAGAUGCUCACUGGUACACUACCUUUCCAAGGAAAAGAUCGAAAAGAAACAAUGACUAUGAUCCUUAAAGCUAAACUUGGGAUGCCACAGUUUUUGAGUCCUGAAGCCCAGAGUCUUUUACGAAUGCUUUUCAAACGGAAUCCUGCAAACAGAUUAGGCGCAGGACCAGAUGGAGUUGAAGAAAUUAAAAGACAUUCAUUUUUCUCAACAAUAGAUUGGAAUAAACUAUACAGAAGAGAAAUUCAUCCACCUUUUAAACCUGCAACUGGCAGACCUGAAGAUACAUUCUAUUUUGAUCCUGAGUUUACUGCAAAAACUCCCAAAGAUUCACCUGGCAUUCCACCGAGUGCUAAUGCACAUCAGCUUUUCCGAGGGUUUAGUUUUGUUGCUAUUACCUCAGAUGAUGAAAGCCAAGCUAUGCAGACAGUUGGUGUGCACUCAAUUGUUCAGCAGUUGCACAGGAACAGUAUUCAGUUUACUGAUGGAUAUGAAGUGAAAGAAGAUAUUGGAGUUGGCUCCUACUCCGUUUGCAAGAGAUGUAUACAUAAAGCCACAAACAUGGAGUUUGCAGUGAAGAUUAUUGAUAAAAGCAAGAGAGACCCAACAGAAGAAAUUGAAAUUCUUCUUCGUUAUGGACAGCAUCCAAACAUUAUUACUUUAAAGGAUGUAUAUGAUGAUGGGAAAUAUGUGUAUGUAGUGACAGAACUUAUGAAAGGGGGUGAAUUGCUGGAUAAAAUUCUUAGACAGAAAUUUUUCUCUGAACGAGAGGCGAGUGCUGUCCUGUUUACUAUAACCAAAACUGUUGAAUAUCUUCAUGCACAAGGGGUGGUUCACAGAGACUUGAAACCUAGCAACAUUCUUUAUGUGGAUGAAUCUGGCAAUCCAGAAUCUAUUCGAAUUUGUGAUUUUGGCUUUGCCAAGCAGCUAAGAGCAGAAAACGGCCUUCUCAUGACGCCUUGUUACACUGCAAAUUUUGUUGCACCAGAGGUUUUGAAACGACAAGGUUAUGAUGCUGCUUGUGAUAUAUGGAGCCUUGGUGUCCUCCUCUAUACAAUGCUUACUGGUUACACUCCAUUUGCAAAUGGCCCUGAUGAUACACCAGAGGAAAUAUUGGCACGCAUCGGCAGUGGAAAAUUCUCACUCAGUGGUGGUUAUUGGAAUUCUGUUUCAGAUACAGCUAAGGACCUGGUGUCAAAGAUGCUUCACGUGGACCCUCAUCAGAGACUGACUGCUGCCCUUGUGCUCAGACACCCAUGGAUAGUCCACUGGGACCAACUGCCGCAAUACCAACUGAACAGGCAGGAUGCACCACAUCUGGUCAAGGGUGCCAUGGCAGCUACAUACUCUGCUUUAAACCGUAAUCAGUCCCCAGUUUUGGAACCAGUAGGCCGCUCUACUCUUGCUCAGCGGAGAGGUAUUAAAAAAAUCACCUCCACAGCCCUGUGAAGUGACCUCAGUGAGAUACAGAAUUUGGUACCAUGGUGUAAGCUGAUAGCACAAGUGGUGGCGACAGGUAGCACAUAUCUGAAAGACACCUGCAAGCACACACUGUCCCAGCUGGUACCCAUAAUGCUGCUGCUCCUGCUGCUGCUCCCGCUUUCGUCUCUUCUCGCUUUACAUGAUUGUUAGCAAGUUAGAUUUUCCUGGAGCUUCGGAUGUGAUGAUGAUGGAAACGUGACGAAGAUAUAUUCACUGAAACAAUAAGAAGAAUAAUGAACAUAUGAAUACCACCUAAAAAUACACUGAAUAAAGUACUUUACACCAUAUAGCAUUAUUUUUAUAGGAAAUAUUUCAUGUUCCUUAAAUAUUCUUUGUUAGUUAUAGGGAUGGACAGUUUAUGUUAAGCACUUAGCUUAAACAAUACGUUUAUAUUAGCACUGUAUCCCUUGUGCCAUCCAACAUUUUGUAUGUUUUUGUAAACAGUUCAUAUACAGUACAUUUCUGUACUGCUUUCUUUAAUGUAUACAUGCCUUGUUUAACUUGGAUUCUAUUAUUAUUAAUCAGUUGACUAUUAAAUCUGGUUAAAUAGUUCACCUGUAUUAACAGUAUUGUUGGACAGCCCUAAAAAUGGCCAGAUUGUGGAACAGCUGUUGAAUGUAAUGCUUCCAAAAUGUACAUAUCUUUCCCUGUGUCUGUUUCACUGGUUUGUUCAUUUGUUUGUUACUUAAAGUCAGGUGCUCUGUGAGACUAUCCUAGAGAGCUGUUACAGUAGGGAAGUUAUGUCUGUGGCAUGACAUCAAGAGUAUACUAUGAAGUUAGUCCGUACACUUCACAACUCUUUAGGGUUCUUUUCUCUUUAAUUAAGGAAGUAGUUCUUGCACUUCUGAUCUUCAAUAGUGUCCAUAUUUAGUAUUGGCAUAUAAUUUGGAAUACUGCCAAUAUGCGGCCUAUUGAGAGUCAUGGUGAAGAGAUUGGCAAAGGAAAAUGUGGCAACAGGUCAUUUAAGUCCCAUUGUGUAUCUCAUGUUUAAAUAGAUCAAAUUACAGAAUUUAGCAUCUGAAUAACAGGAUACCUGUUCUAGUAUACCUGGGAGAAAAGUAUGCUUUUCUUGAAAAAUGGUAAACCAUAAUGAGUUUUUUCCCAUUACAAUGCUCUAAAUUAAACACUAAUUUGAAUGUAAUAAAAGCCACAGGCCACUAUAUAAAAUUGGAUUAAAACUUUCUUAUUCUAGGGAAUAAAGCAUUCUUGAUCAGUCUCUGUGCUAACCUAAAAUCAUAGCUAAGACAGGUUAAGUGAAUGUCUAGCAUUGAGUGUUUUCUGAAUCCUCCUGAUGAUUUAUAGCCAUGUAAUACUUCCUUUAACUUCAGAUAUGAUCCGUUUUCAUGAUGGUCACUGAAUCUGCCUAGAUUACAGUAUUCAUUAUAUACAUCUAAUGUGGUAGUUUCCAUAAUUUUAUUUGAUUAAAGGAAUUUCUGUACCCAUAUUAUGACCUGUAUCUUUACCAAGUUACCUAGCAUACAUCAAUAUGUAAUGUGAAAAACAGUUAAGCAAGGAAAAAAAGAUUUAACUUACCUCAUCAAGAAUGUGCCCAAACAGAUAUUCCUUCGUCACGUACUAAGCCAUUUACAUCAGAAAAAGGUUUCCUUCCAGAAGCUUUAAAUCUUUCCCCUGAAAGUACAAAGCCAAGAAAGUGUGGUUUAUCUGUCCUGUAAGCCACUUGUUAUUCCUUAAUUUCUUCUCUAUGCAAUUAAAGAGAAAGGGAAAAUCUAUAACAUUCCUUUUGCCCAAGUGACAAAAUGAUUAUUGCAUAGAAAUCAAAUGUAAGUUUAUCUUUAAAAAAUGUGUAGGAGGAGGGAUUUUAGAAGAUGCAGAUGGAGAAAGUUUUUAAAAUAUGUAUAUGCAUACUUUCCAUUACCUGGAAAGAAAGCUUCCCCUCCCUCUCUUUCUAUUAUUCAGUGUUUUAAACCAUGGUCAUCCCAAAUUCUUGUCACUUUUAAAACGUUAAUGUAACUCUGGGCAUAUAGUUUCAGAUUUUUGACACUGAUGCUAUUUCAUAAUUGCUUAGGUAUAUUUUCUGUCAUAGUUUUUUUAGAACCAGAAGUAAAUGUUUAAAUCCUCAUGUAAUCUAGCCCAACUUUCUCAUACUACAUGUGAAGAACCUGUGACUCAAAGCAAAGACUAGAAUCCUUAACUUUCCAUUCAGUUUUUUUUCCCCAUAGCACCAUGCUGCCUUCCCUUCAGAUUAUCACCCAACCAGGAGCUGAGUUGUUUAAAAAUUACAUAUUUCUUGUGGCACUCCUCUACUGGUAUAUGAAUGCCAAGUUUAUUGCUUUCAAAGAUACUGCUUUCUUUGCCUAGUCCAACUGCCAGUUUUAUUGGAGAAAAGCAAGUUAUAUGUUUAUAAAAUUGAAAGCUUUCUGCCUAAAAAGCAGUUCAUGAGCACAAUUUAUCUUAUCUGUGGGUCUGGUGUUCUAUUGCCUUUGACUUAGAGCAGACAAAUUUGGCCAACAGUGUGUUCUAAAUGAAGCGCUAGUGCUGGGCUAACCUUUCCUUAAUUCAAGUCCAAUUCUUCCAAGCCUCUAAAGUUGUGGUAGUGAGGCCCUUCCCCAGUUAGUGUUGCUGGUUACCAGGGCUUCUCCCAGGAGGUUUUAGUUCAGGGUUAAAGAUAAUUCCAGUGUGAAAAGGAACUGAACUACUAGGCCUCAUUCACAAACCUCCUCUUAGCUUAUAAUCCAAAAUAAUAUCCAAAAUGAUAAAUUGCAUUUAGCAUUGCAGUGGGCAUACUGGAAUAUACAGGUUAUACUACCAUGUGUUUUGUAUCUUCCCUUACAAGUGAUGAUGGUUAAACUAAGGUAAGUUUUUUGUCCUUUUAAUUUUUUAUAUAAAUUACUUCCACUCCUAAUUUGUAGAGAUGCCUUCUUUCAAAGUACAAUAGACCCUUUUCUUUAACAGAUUUAAUAAUGGAUUCUUUUAUUCACAAGCAACCCCAAAAGUCCAGAAAAUGUAAUAAUUUUGACAAGGCAGAAUGAGAUGCCGUGAAGCUGACAGGUGGGAAAAGUCACUUAGUGAGUGUCUGGACAGGAUGUGGUGUGUGUGUGGCAGAAAUUCCACAUUUCACAUGUGGUGGGCUGCAAAGAACGGGUUUGGGUCAAAUGUUUCCCAUGUAUUUUUAAAAAGCGGUUACUGUUGGGGCCAGGGGACAUCAUGGGGGUGGGGUUGGCCUGUUAGCUGUGCCCUGCACUCUUGGCCCAGGAAAGACUUGAAGGGGAAGAGGGGUGCAAAGGCUUCACAAGUAGGCAGAAUAGUUUGGUUAGGAAAGGGGCUGGGGUAGGUCCAGCCUGGGAUGAAAGCAGAAAAACAUGCAAGAGUUGGGGGCCUUGAUACAGAUAUGCUUAAUCACCGUGGAAGCCAGCAAUAUACAUCUCAACAUGGCUUUGAUAUUCCCUGCUUCCCUGGCCUUUAUAAAUGUCCUAAAAUUUUUCAGUUUCCUUUACUAUAUUUUAUAGAGAAAAUUCUCUCUUCUGAUGGUAUCAGGCAUUUGAGAUUUAUGAAGACAUUGGACAGAUAUCUCAGGAAUGUGAAAGGUCAGAAAAGGUCUGCUCUAUCUAACAUGGGUUUCAUGGCUGACCCUUGGUGCUUAAACCAGGAGGUUCCAAUCUAGUCUUAGAGUUUUGUCCCUCCGAAAGGUCCAACUCCAUGUGACUAACAAACUGGAUGUAUAUUUUGAGCUUUAUUUAAUUCACAGAGAGGUUGACUUAACUCAGUAUUUUUAUUUCAAUAAAUGAAAAUAGUCCUCUUUUCACCUCCAGAUUGCUUACAUUUUGCUGGUCUCCCCAAGUGACCAUUGGUGGGGGCCAAUUAAUGAAGGAAUGAAAUUCGCUUUCUUGGGACUGUGGUAUUCUGAAGAGCCAUGCUUAACCACUUUUUCUAGCGAAGAAUCUGCAGAACGAUAAUACCUAAGUAUGGAUGGCCAAGAAGAAUUUGUAUCUACAGUGUGCUUUAUGUAUUUUUGACACUGCUGUAUUCUGUGUGAUCGAGUGACUUGUAACUGGUUCCAAUGUGAGUGUUCUCAAAGAAUUCUAGUAACUAAGUUGACUUAAUUUUCUUAAGCCUUGUAUUACUAUUAGUCUCACAUUUACCACUUUGAUUCCAGUCUAUUAACUGUUCAUAACAGGGCAUACAAAGGGUUGGGAUAAGAGCCUACUUCCUACCUCUUAAGGCACUUUCCUCAUUGUUUUUCCAUGUAACCUUGAAGUGCAUGAUAAGCUGUUGAAAUGUCCAUGACUUCUCCCAAUGCAACUAGCAAAGUAUAUGACAUUGAAUAGAGAUUAGUGAAAAGGAAAAUUUAGAGACUUAAGUUCAGAAGCGCAAACCUCAAGAAAACCUCUUUAGAGCACAUACCAUUUGAGUACAAUAUAUGUAAACGUAUGUGAGAAGAAAGUUGCUAUAAUAGUCUUCUCAGUAGAUUAGUUCAAUAUCUAAUGGAAGUGAAAAUCUUUACUCCUAUUAUCACUAUAGUACUGAAUGAACUGUGUACUGAGUUUUUCAAACAAGUAUUUAAAGUAGAACUUUUAAAUACAAAGCAAGGGCAUAAGGAUAAAGGUUUGAGUUUGUGUUUCUCUAACUAUAUUGUUUCAUCUAAGCUUUGUUUUUUUAAUCACAAAAUGCUUCAAGGUAUUGCCAUUUCUUAGCAUCCUUAAUAAUUAUGGGUGAUGAGUUUUUAAUUCUUAAAAUCAUGUACAUGUAUUAGGUUUAUCUUAACUCUUACCCUACAGAUGGGAAAGUAUCCGGUAUACACCUAAGGGAUGUAAUUAUUUUGAAUUUUUGGCCAUGGGUGGGAAGGGGGUGGGCAUCAACUUAAAAACAGUUUUUAAAAAAGAAAAAAAUCACAAAUAUUUUUCUACUAUUAUAUAUGAUCUUACUUUAUACUAGUUUCUCUCUAGUAAGGCAUGCCAGAAGCCCAAGCUACCAUAUCAUCAGUUCAUAUGUAUUGUACCUUUUAUUGAUGGUUAAAUCGCAUCAGAUGCUUGGCACUGCUGCCAUAAUUAUGAAAUGCUUGUAAAGGAUUAAAUAUCACUGAAUACUUUAAAUUGUUUUACUUAAGAGUCUAAUCUGGGAAAUUUUCAAAUAAUACUAUUAAUGUGUAAUCUAAGCUCUUUCAGAUGUAUCCAUGAAUAAUCCUGGAACAAUAUUGCUUGUAUUCCUGUCACAGAACAGGUUUUGUAAUGUUUAAAAGAAAUGA